UAUGAAAAACUUUGCUGUCACUUGUAAUCCCGCCUAGGGGGUCGGGUUUCCGAACCGAGAUCGCUCAUUGGCUGGCACUUACCCUUUCCCACUUAUUCCCGUUCGGGAUGAAAGGGAGCGCGUCGGGGGCGGAGCGAACUUCCUCAGGGAUGUUAGUAUGCACCUGACAGGCCAAUUGAUCAAACUCUCGUAAACGGGUAACACGUGUUUCAUCACGAUGAGCGAGGAACUUGAUGAGGGUAUUGAGGGUGGUCAGACGGACUCGAGUACGGUGCAAACGAUCCAAACGCCGCGGCCGUCAUCUCCGCGGAAGUUUUUCGCGAGGAUAUAUGGCCAUCUUGAGGAGCCUAAGACUACGAGUGUUGAGAAAGUGUCGGGAUUUGAGAGCGAGUCGUCCUCGGACGUGGAGAUUGGUGAGAGUGAGGGCGUGGAGAUGCAGGCGAGGGGUCCGCAGCUGUGGGCGCCACCGCCGCCGCUGCCGCUGUGUCCGAGACCGAUGAUGCUGCCGCACCAACAGCUGGCUUUUGGAGCUGGUCUAGCCGCUUUCCUGGCUCGCAGGCGGCGUAAAGAGAGCCGUCCACGUCGCCAGCGCACCACCUUCUCAGCACAUCAAACUCUACGACUGGAGCUGGAGUACGCCAGGGGAGAAUACGUUGCUAGGGCAAGAAGGUGUGAAUUAGCAUCAGCACUAUCGUUGAGUGAAACACAAGUCAAGAUUUGGUUUCAAAAUCGAAGAGCCAAAGACAAAAGGAUUGAGAAAGCACAAUUGGAUCAACAAUAUCGGUGAGUUAAUGAUCAGCUGUGCUGAACACGUUUGAUUGUUGAGGCCGGGGAUUGUUAUUUAUAAUCAUAUACUAGGUAUAGCAGUCUGAGGUACUAAUCACCAGACCAACAGACCAGUAGAGAACUUGACCAGUACUAUUAAUCAUAUUAUUAUGGGUUGACCUUGUUUUGGAAACUUAGUAGUAUUCGCGUACACUAAAUUUUCAAGAAUACGUAAUAUUUCACUGGCGUACAGUGAAAUAUCUGCUUUGACCUCUCAUGGCAGGAUACUUAUCUAAGUACCUACUUGUAGUAGGCUCACGAGAAAGAAACAAUUGCCUAAUUUGUGAAUUAACUGUCAUUAAUUGUUUUACUCUGAAUUCAUGCUUCUAACUUCUAACUACGGCGCGACGUAACGGUUUUUGUAUGCUGCUACGUCACUGUACUUAUUAUAAGCUUCGUUAAUUCGCUCCCAACUACUGGAUAUUUAUUCCUAUUCUUAUAUGAACCAAUGCGUUCUCAGGAAUGUACCUGCGUCAACUUCGUUUACGUUCCACUUGUGUCAAUAUUGUAUUGCCAACAUAGAUAAUGUGGUAAGAAGAAGUAUUCAUUUUUAAUCUUUCGAGGUUAUUUACUCUAUCAAUAACUUUACAAAAAAUGCUAUGCAAGUAAGCCAUAUUCCCAGGUUCGGGAAAGAUUUCGAAAAAAUAUUUAACUUAAAAUUACCAUGGAUGAUUAAGUAUAUCAAUGAAUUAAACAGCAGUAAAUAUUGGUAUUAUUUAAAAAAAUAACUGGUCACCCUAAAUUCAACCAUUUUGUUUUCUUUCAGUGUUCUGUUAAUUUCGCUUCUGUGUGCACGUGGCGAUGUCAUGAGUGUGUCUCGGAAAGUCAUGAUUGAGUGAUUAUUAAUUCUUCUUUUACCAUAUUCUUGUUAUAAUUGUAAUUUGAUCUAUUUCUUUUACAUUAUGAGCAUAAAAAGAGGAGUUGUGCUACAUGGAAGAUCACGUGAAAUCGUGUUUAACGUUUAUAAGUUUUUUGAAUUAGAAAAGCUUCGCGCUCAUGAACUUCUCAAACAAAUGUAUGUUGCCAGCGUUCAAGCUACCUCCGACGGCAAAAUUCCCUUACCGGGUAAACUUUUCGUAACAAUACAAGAUUUCUUAAAAGCAAGCGCAAAAAUAACGGAGAGGGUCAGUACUUCUACUGGUAUUAACAAAAAUACUAUAACGAAAAUUAAGCGCGAGGGAAUACAAGCAGAAGCUAUUGGUAAGAGUAAAAUUCCCACGCCGAAAAAGAAGGCUCGUGGUAAGGCAGUGGUACUUGAUAAAUUUGAUUUAAGUGCCCUUAAUCAGAUGAUUCAAUCGUUUUACUUAGUACAUAAAGAAAUGCCAUCAUUAAAUAAGAUUUAUUUGAAAGCCCAAGAUAGUUUAAACUUCCAAGGCAGCAAAACAACUCUACUGAGAAUUAUGAAAAACCAGCUUGGUUAUAAAUUCAAGAAGUGUUCUGAUAACCGAUCUAGGUUAAUAGAAAGACCAAAUAUAAAAGCAUGGCGUGCCAAAUACCUCCGGCGCAUUCGAGAAAAUGACGCUUUAGGUACAAAUAAAAAGCCAGUUAUUUACGUACAAACUUGGAAUCUUUCGCACAACUCACUGAGCAAAUAUCGGCAGUCAAGUGAUCAUGUUGGGGUUCCGAAAACCUCCGCUGCAGGUCCUCGAUGGUACAUCGCACAUGCCGGAGCUGAAAAUGGGUUUAUUGAUGGCGCUUUCCUUAUGUUUGAGGCAAAAUCAAAACCAGGAUACCAAGAGCAUAUGAACAGUGAAACUUUUACAAUGUGGUUAAAUCAUCAGUUACUACCUAACCUACCCGAAAACUGUCUUGUAGUAAUAGAUAGUGCACCAUGUAACAAGCCUCCUAACAUGGGCCAUAAAAAGUGUGAAAUACAGGCAUGGUUAAAUGAUAAAGGCAUAAUCUUUGAUCCAAGUUUAUCCAAAAGUGAACUUAAUAUGUUAGUACAGAACAAUAAACCACCCAGAAAUUAUGAGAUCUACAACUUAUUCGCCACUCGUGGACAUGAGGUGUUAAGAUUGCCUCCUAACAGUUGUGAACUGAACCCUAUAGAAUAUAUUUGGGGGCUCGUCAAAAAUAAAGUAUUGGCGCAAACUGAAGCACAGCUUUCAAGCGAGAUUGAUAGGCUUACCCAAGAGGCAGUGGAUUCAAUAACAGCGAAUGAGUGGAAAAGAGAAUUUACCAAUGUUAAAAAUAUUGAACAACAAUAUUUUGAGAUACAAGGGCUUGAAGACAACGAUGAGUUUAGUUUUAUUUUUCACACAGGUCAAGACAGCAGCGACGAAGUGGAUUCUGAUGUCUCAAGCGAAGGCAGUGAAAAUGCUAUGAGUAGUUCGGAAGAUUUAGAUUAUGGACCUAGUUCGUCUUCAGUGCAGUAAUAUACUUUAAUACCUUCAAAUACACAAGUGUUCUGACUUAAA